CUCCGCAUUAACCCUCAUGAGCGGCCCAUUCAUUUGCGCUCGUUGUCGAACGCGAAUCCAUCGCUUUUCGCGAGGAUAUUAUUCAAUCAAGUCUACCUCGAGAGCGUCAUUCGUCUCUCUGAACCAACCUCAACCUAAAAUCCAGAAUGAUCGAGUUGCAGCAAUUGAAGAGCCAUCUCUGGAGUUGCCUGAACGGAUAUCCCUGCCACUGACUCGCCCAACAACCUAUCCUCGACGACGUGAAUAUAGAGACAGAACAGAUGGGGCUCUCCAAUCACUCUUCAGAGCUUCGGCUGGAGAAAGCAGUCGCUCUCACCGAAACUUUGAGAGGAAAACCCCCCAAUCGGACAUCCGAUACUCGAACUCCAUCCCAAUCCAGAAGCUUCAACAAAACCUCUCUGAUCCUCAGUGUUCAGUGCAAAACUCCUGGCAGAUAUUAAGAGAAAAUUAUGCUAAUGGUACCGUGCCGAAGCCACGAAAGCCUUUCAAGCGGCCCAAAGGCAGCUCCCAAGAGAGAGAUAUCUGCAAACAGCUACUUCAGCGAACGGUGGAGGCUUUUGCCGGACAAAGAGAAUUGUCUGGGAUUCCUUCUCCAUCCCAGGCAUUAUAUGAGCUUCACAAUUUGCGAUUAAUUGGACUGGAAGAAUGGACGGAUACACUCUGGUCAUUGUUACGGCAUUGUGAAGAUUCUAUUGCAUGUGGUCCCGAACACAGGACCGAAAGAAGGGGGGAAUCUAUGCUUCAGAAUAUAUUCGAAGUCUGGAAUAUCCUCUUUUCAAUUGACAGGGCCGAAGGAAUGAAGAUGCCACUGCCAAAUAAUCGCGAUCACGCCUUCUUUCCGACCAAUAAACAACUACAUGCUCUCAAGGCGGGACUCUCAAGGGACUUCUCUACUCGAUUCCUUUACUUUUUACCACAAUCACGCUCAAGUAAAGUGGGACCAAGCUUGGCAUUUGCAGCAUAUGCCACGUUCGAUUUGCAACAAAGACAACUCUCGCAUAUGUCCCUGGAAACCGCCGAAUCUCGGGAGUUUUUACGCUUCAUGUGUCACCUCGUGGCGUACGGAAAACCGAACUUUUCUUCCAUGAAAGAUUUUGUCAUUUCAAAAGGGGUUUCCGCUGAGUAUGUGGCAAAAGUCCUCGAGAGGACGAUAGAGGCACCGCAGGCUGCGUUACAGCUUCUUGCCAAGAAUGCAAGUCUCGGGCAUGCUGACAGAUCCGGUGUGAGGUCGGAAGACGGAGAUCAAACCAACCACAAGAUUACUUUCUUCAUGAGGCAGCUGAAAAGGGCGACCGAAAGGAACGACAUCGUGCGGGUCGACUCGCUCUGGCAUGAAAUUCCACACCAUUUCCCGGCCCACAAUGAUUUCCCGAACCGGUCUAUUCAUUCUGACGGAGGGAGCGCAAGUCAGCACAGGCCUGUGAAAUUGGAAUUUCAUUCGAAUUCUGCAAUCCCGCUCACAAUAUAUACUCGAUUUCUCUCUGCUUACAUGAGCUUACGCCAGCCUGACCGGGCAAUCGACGUCUGGAACGAAAUGAUUACAGCAGGCCACUCACCCUCGAUAUUAGCAUGGCAUGCUAUGAUGGAAGGGUGCCGUGCAGCACGCGAUGCAGCAUCAUUAGAACAAAUAUGGCAGAGAAUGGUUUUGUCUGGUGUAAAGCCCGACAUUCAAUGUUGGACAACCAGAGUGAGCGGGCUUAUGCGCUGCAAUAAGAAGGAAGCAGGCGUCAAAGCACUGUUUGAAAUGGGCCGUCUCUGGUUGGAGUGUACCAAACGGGCUCAACGAUUGACAAGAGACCGUCCCUCGACCUCUGAUCUCCUUACCAGCCCAAUCGAUAUUGAGGGUGUUAUCAAGCCAACCAUUGAAACCGUUAAUGCUGCGCUGGGCCCUCUUGUAGCCCAGGAACAGGAUGCAUUGGCAAAAGAAGUGUUGUUAUGGGCGCAGUCCUUCAAUAUCCAAUACGACAUUGUCACAUUUAACAUGCUUCUUCGACGAGCAGUCCGCAAAGGUCAGGACGCGGAAGCUAGGACUUUGCUCGCUUGCAUGGAGGCUCAGCAAAUUCUUCCAGAUGUGGCCACCUUCAGCAUCCUUCUUGAUGGGCUUUUCCAGAAUGAUAUGUUCAUCGCCUCCUCACCGGUGGAGCAGCAGAGUUUGAUCACGUCUAUUCUAGGAGAUAUGGAGGCAAGCGGUGUCAAGGCGAAUGUCUACUCCUACGGUAUUCUGAUCGAUCGAUUGCUCAAACAAUGCCUCAAUUUACCGGCUGCACGAGCCGUUCUUGAUCACAUGGCAAGCCGAAAGAUCAAGGCUUCGCCACACAUUUACACUAUCAUUCUUACGCAUUACUUUGACCAGGAGUCUCCGGAUCUUGUUGCUAUUGAUAGCCUCUGGGAACGGAUCAAGCUUGAAGGAGGUGUGGUGGACCUCAUCUUCUGUGACCGACUCAUUGAAGGCUAUGCGCGGACUGGCCAGACUUCCAAGAUGAUGGCAUUUUUGGGUCGAAUGCCUAGCGAAGGAAAGGUUCCUGGGUGGAAUGCCCUUAGUGCGGUGUUGCGAGCCCUGAUCCGCAAUGAGGAGUGGGAAAUGAUCAAGAGAGUCAUUGAAGACGUGGAAAGCGAGGAUGGGUGUUUCAAGCAUGGUAUUCGAGGGCUCAAAGGAGAAGUUGAGUUUUGGGAAUUGGUCCAGACGUUACGAUUAGACGGCACGAUUCCGUUUGUGACUGCUGGUCAGGGAUUGCAGAGCCACCCUGGAGUCGUCAGCUCUGCCCCGUUGGCACCCAGCCACAGUUGAGCUUUGCCGAGAUCUGUAACAUGUGGUUCAUCUCUCGUCUGCCGAGUGGUUGCAGAUACAAUGCUCUUAGGUGAACAGGACAUUCUGCCUACAUGUUCUAUGUUCCGACUAUUAACACGACAAGUAUGUGUGUAUGUUGAAGCCAGGGGAUUGUCAAGUCCGGCCAUGCUGGCCAAUAUUUUGUGCCCGGCAUUUUCAUCUCUACUCGUAUUGCCCUCUGUGUGCCGCUUUCCCUUGCCGGUACAUAUCGCGGGCGGCGCCUCGCCCAGUAUUUUGGGAGCAACGGAGUGGGGCGCCUGUCGUGCAUGCCGCGGACACUUCGACCCCUGUGUCACAUCACCGUGUGGAUGAAGAGGUACAGUAAGGGGGGAAGAUUGUUUACAAAAACUUUUCCCUCCUCUACAAUAGCAGUUUUGCAUGAGGCCUUUUUUGGUCUCUUUGGUCUUUUUUGAAAUGUAAAAGUCUAACUGCCUGUGCU